AUGCGUGCAACGGCAGUGACAGCGCUGCUGUGGUUGGUGGCAGUGGCUGUGAGCGUCGUCCAAGCUCAAGUCCAAUGCACCAACCUCCAAGAUCAAGGUACGUUUGCGUUUGCUGGCAACAUGGCGCAGACGUCCAUGACGCGUGAGGCGUGUGCCACGCUCUGCUACACCUUCAACUUUUCCCUCAGCGCCCCUUCCUCCGACUGCAACGAGCCAUGCACGGGGGUGUCAACCGAGAUGUGCAGAGCAGCCAAUCGCAUGAACAUCAAUCCGGGCAAACUGUUCCGGCAAACCCGAUCCCACAGGGAGUUGCCGUUCUGCAACACGAGUCUGUCCAUCGGUGCCCGCCUCGACGACCUCAUUGGACGCCUCAGUCUUCAGGAGAAGGCCGGUCUCAUUGGCCCUGAUCCCGUCACCAGUCCAUGCGCCUUCCUUGACUUUGGUGUCAAGAGGCUUGAUAUCCCGCCGUAUCUGUAUCUGGUGGAGACGAACACGGCCGUUGCCUUUGCGUGCAUCAUCAGCCAGGACAUGUGUGCCACAACCUUCAUUGGCCCCACAGGUCUUGGCGCAGCCUUCAACCGAGUCGUAUCCACGGAGAUGCGCGCCUUCAACAAUCUCAACUGGCACAGGGGCGGCAGCGUCUUGCAGAAGAUCGGACUCACAGGCACAGACCCGUGCUUGAGCGGUGAGUGCGCUGCUGCUGACGUCACCGGCUGCCAGGACGGCACAGACAAGAACGACGCUGUUUCAUAUGCACACUUGGUGGUGGACGUGUCAUUUACACUGCUGUCACCGCUCCAUUGCGAUUUUGGACAAGCCGCAUGGCAUUCAACGGGAACAUCUCCACCUUUGACCUCUGAGACACCGAGUACACGCGCGGGCAAUCACUGCCAUGUGCUCGUGCGCCAGCAUCAACGGCGUGCCCUGGUGUGCGAACAACAUGCUGCUCAACGACGUCACGCUGAGCGGUGGCGCAGAUAUGGAGCUCGGGGAGACAUGCUUUACCACAAACGGCUACUUGGAGCAGGCUGUGCAGCACAACCACACAACAAUCCACACAGUGCACAACAACACCGCAUCGAUGAGUGCACGAUCUGCGGAUUCAACCCUCCAGUAACGGCCGCUGCAUCAGCAAGUGCCCCGAUGGCGAGUAUGAGCUCGGCCAGCGGGUGUGCUGAAUGCCAUUCCACGCGUGUGCCGAAUGCCAUUCCACCAGACGCCACCAACUGCCUCAACCUCUGCGACGGCAAUCUCACCAGUCGCGCAUUGCCCAUUGCCCUCCCGACUGGCUACUACGCCAAGGACCACCGCUGCGUGCCAUGCACCACGUGCGGCAUGGGCACUUGGGCCUCCACCUCAUGCUCCGCGUCCUCCGACGCCGUCUGCUCUCCCUGGACCGAGUGCAAGCCUGGCCAGAAGGAGUCCGUCUGUCUCUGGCAACGCCGUGCGCGACCGUGCGUGAGCUGCACCCUCGGCAUGGAGUACCAGCCGCUGUCAGACCGCGCCUCGUGCUUCCCCACCAGCGUGUGCGAGGAGCCCUUCAGCGAGACCAUCCCGCCCACGCUCACCACAGACCGCCUCUGCUCCUGCGACACGCUCACCUGCAACCUCAUCACGCAGCUGUUUGAGGAGAUGGUGUGCGCCUGGCCCACGGACGAGCAGCUCGACGUUGUACUGGACGUGUGCUGCUCCAGCCAGGGCGAUGAUGGCAUCCGCAACACCAUUCGCCAGAUGGAUGCCGACGAGGCACGCCGCUCCUGCCCAGGCUGCACAGACACGUGCGAGUGCAGCACAGGCUUCAUCCUUGUCUACGACGCCGAUUCGGCCAACUGUUGUCCGUGCGACGGCGUGACGGAGUUCUCCCCGUCCAUUGGCGGCAGCAAAUGCGAGCCCAUUGAGGAGUGCGAGUGCGGCCAGGAGGAGGUCUCCGCGCCAACCCGCUCCUCGGACGGCGUGUACCGCGACUGCCCGGCCGGCCCCAUCGACGCGGACAGCGACGGCUCCACGGGUUGCCAGAUGUGCGCUGGCCACUACACGGAGGCGGGCUCCCACGGCUCCUGCUCCAGCUUCACCUGCCACGCCAGCACCCACGACCACCACGACAGCGACCCUGCCACCCCGUGCAACGACGUCACAGACUGCGCGUCCGGGUUUGAGGAGGUGCAAGCCAUGACGCUCCUCAUCAGCGACUGCGUGUCUGCGACGAGUGUCCUGGAGGGCACGUACAAGGCUGUCUCUGGCCAGCCAGGGCGUGCCCUGCCUCCCCGUCACCACAGUACAUUUCCACGCAUGGCCGUGAGCAAGUGCGAGUUUGGCACCUUCCAGAGCCAGGUGCCCACGCUCGACUCCGACCGCGAGUGCACGCUGGAGUGCUCCGGGUGCUCUAGUGACCGCUACGAGAUUCGCGCCUGCUCUGCGCUGGAGGACGUGCAGUGCGCCGGCUGCUCCGCGUGCUCCCCCAAACACAUACAUCCUGCGCGCCUGCGACUCGCGAGAAUGACGUGUCGUGCCAGCAUGCAAUCUGCCGACGGAGUACGAGCGCACCGCCUGUGCCACCUCAUCACCAAGUGCGGCCCUGGCGAGCAGCGCACCCGCGCCCCCACCUCCACCUCCAACACCAAGUGCGAGCCAUGCCCCAUCGGCACCACCGACCACGACCGCAACCCGCUCACCGCCUGCCAGCCGUGCCUUUACGGCCACUAUGUGCCUGCGGGCUCCAUCGGCUCCUGCAAGCAAUUCCUGUGCCCGGCCGGCACCGUCGACCUGGACCGCCACAACGCCAGCACGCCGUGCAUGCCGUGCCAGGCUGGCGUGGACUUUGCCGCCCUCUCUGGCCAGCGCGAUUGCACGCCUGUGACGGAGUGCGACCUCGGCUACGAGGAGGUGGUGCGCCCCACCAUCUUCACCGACCGCCAGUGCCGCCGCUGCAUCGAGGCCCUGUUCUACCGCGACAGCAACACGGACUUCUCCACGCGCGUGUGUCGCCCUGCGAGCCUGGCUCGUUUGAGACGGCCGCACCCACCAUCAGCACGGACCGUGAGUGCCAGAUGGGCCCGCAUAUGCCCCAACAACAACACGUUCAUCUCGCGCCCGCUCAUGCCCACGCAGAACCGCAUCUGCUCGCCGUGGAUGCAGUGUCUGUCCAGCGAGUACGAGCUCGUUGCGCCGUCGCUGGUCAACGACCGCGAGUGCCAGCGCGUGCGCUCGUGCCAGCACACAGAGUACGAGUGGAGCAGUUUGAGGUGCUCCCACCGUGCGUGCGUGCCCGCGUACUCUGUCUCGCUCGUCUUUGACGCCAAGUUCAACGUCCUUGCCGGCAGGCUGUCGCACCGCGGGGCGUUUGAGGCCGCGCUGGUGCAGUCCAUCAACCACGACGCAGGACGCGUCGCAGAUUCAUUCUGCGCAUCGACCUGCGCCAGGGCCCAUCAUCGCCACUGUCGCCUCCCUCAACGAGGACUUUACGCGCUCCUCUUCAGCCGAUCCGUCUCUGGCGACGUCACCGUCAUGGGCUCCACCGCAUCGCCGUGCGAGGCCGACGUGUCCUGGACGACUCGUCCCUUUGGCAACGAGCUCAAGGCAUCUGAUGCAGUUGGCUCUUGGACCACCACGGCGUUGUUGGAGGAGACGCCAGCAGUGUUGAUGGUUGUGGUAGGAGUGCACGCCAUUGCAACAGCAACGACAGCUGAUGAGGUGGUGGUGGUGAUUGUGUUUGCAUUCCUCACUAGUUCCAGCAACGGCAAUGAAGUGGGCACUGUGCUUCUGGUGGGCACGCAUGUGCUGGCUAUUGUUGGUGCCAUGGCUGGCAGCAGCAGUUGCUGCAAUGCGAGGCAAUAG